GGGGCGCUACGUAUUUCCGGUCUAGAGGGUCUUCAUAACGAGGGUGGGUAAGAAGGAAACAAAGAUGGCGACCUCACCUUCUCCUGGAGGUACUCUAAAAAGAGAUAAAGGCUGGAUGGGAACCUUGACACGACGAAGUAGGAAAGCUGAAAAAGAAGUAAAUGAAUUGGAAGAACAGGGUAAAAAGUCAAUUGAAGACCCAACUUCACCAACUGUUGCUGUUUCCCCAGACUCAUUCCUUUUAGAUGAAGGACAGGAAAGGUACAUGGUUGCCCCCAACUCCUUGGAUGACCACAAAGUUAGAGAGUUGUGUGAGGUACUGUCUGACUGGAUUAAUGAUGUACUACAAGACAUGAGAAUUGUUGUCAGAGACAUUGCCGAAGAUUUAUAUGAUGGACACAUUUUAGCUCUUUUUGUUGAAAAGCUUUCUGGUCGAGAUCUGGGUGCAUUAACAGAAGUAACUCAGUCAGUUAAUGUGCAGAAGCAGAAACUUGAUCAACUUGUAACAAUUGUCAACGAACUUCUUGACAGACAAGACACCGAUAAAUGGACAAUGGAAUUGAUUCAUGCUAAGCAUCUUCCGGCUAUUCUCUACCUCCUCGUCGCUCUGGCAAAAAACUUCGAAUGUCCUUUCAAGCUUCCCAACAAUGUUGUUCUAAAUGUUGUUGUCGUGCAGAAACGACAGGGAAUCCUGAGAAGCAAAACAGUUCCAGAAAAUGUGACCGAAGACUUCUCGAAGGACCGAGAGAGUAGACAAG